CCCUAAUAAAAAACUUGCCUAAUCACUUCUUAAUCAGCUCAUUAGCAAAACUCAAUGUAACAUGAGCAGCAAAAUGGAGAGGCGAAUCAUCAGCCAAUUUCUUGUUAAUAGUACCCAAAUCCAUGGGAUGCUUGAUUAUAUCAAAAUAAUGAUGAAGAUUUAACCCCUGAACAUCAUUGAAAAUAUACCCAAAUUUCAAUUUACUCACCACAUCAAUUGCACAUUCUCAGGGUGAUUCGAUCUUUUCACAUCUUAAACCCGACACUCCAGAAAGCGGCCGUUUGUUGCCGAGAAUACCCUUUUUCGGUUGAAAUUUGAUGUGGAUCUGAUCUGUGCAGACUGAUCAACUGUUUAUCACCAAGACAUUAACCCAAGCCUUAACAAAAACCACCCAAUCAAAAACUUUAAUCUGUCCAGUCAAAUCACUCGCUUCACUGACGGCGACGCUGAAAGAACGACGGCGGAGAGAAUAACGAUUAUUUUUUUUCUUCAAUGCAGGUAUAAUUUGUAUGUCUAAUCAUCAUCUGAAUCCAGCAAAUAUAUGUAACAAUGGCUGAAUUCACAAUUAGAAAUCACAGAUACACUUACAUUCAUGAUUCAAAAUAUCCUUCUGAAGCAAUCGACACGCACAUUGUCGUUCUUGGAAGCAGCAAUCGAAAGCGAUUCAUCAUCUGCCUCGUAGCUUUUGUUCUUUUAGUAAACACUUUAGUUCUCUUUAAAGUCAAGGAUAUAUCAAUCAGCAUUCUUCUAUGGAUCUUUCUUUUAAGUGCAAUUUUUGUCAAAUUGUUGGUUUUGAAGCCUGUUGUGAAGGAGUCUGUCGUUGUAAUGCCAGCUUUUGGAGUCCAACUCGAAACACACUAUAUGAGUGGAAGAAUUGAACGUCGUUUUGUUCCAAUUGACAAGAUUUUGAAACCCGUGCUGAUAGAAUGUGUGAAUCCAGUUACUUGUUACUGGAGCUUGUCUUUGAUUUUGCGUGGGGAAGCAGAACUAUUAUUGGUAUUUAAGGAAUUACGGCCGCCUGUUAAGAUGCUGAUACAUAUCUGGAAGGCCCUAUGUCGCUCCUCUGGUUGCAAAGAAAACCCAGGCACAUCCGCAACAGAUGGCUAACAGUACCUCAGAAUUUCAGAUCAAGAUAAGUGAUGAUGUUUACCUCAAUCUCGAAACUCCUCAACAUUAUCUUUCUAUAGCUUUGUCUAUCAAUUUAUUUCAUAUCAUUCUUACACCAUGAUACAUCAUACACGAUAGCCAUUUUUUCACUAGAACUCUCUUAGCCACAUUAUGCCCUUGAUUGAACAUCUGCAUUCAGCUUGCUUUACUACUGAAUUUUGAGUAGAUACUGUCUUUAGCUUGCUAUGGUAGCACGAUGGUCCAACAUUGAUAGGCUGGUAGAUAAUAGUGAUUUCUUUAAAGUUUAGGGUUCCUGAUCAUGUAAAACAUUUCAGUAGUUUGUAAAAUAAUGUCAUAUCAGAUUGUAAAUUAGCAACUAUUUGAGAACCUUUGGAUAGAAAUGAGAAAGAUAAACUCUAACUCGAGAAAGAGAAGUAUCAAAAUAUGAAUAACUGAGUUUUACUUCUAGUCAAACCAAAUCAUGUGCAAAAACAAUGCAAAAUGAAAAGAUAUUUUCAGCUAGGGGUGUCAAAAUCUGUCAUGACAUGCGAACACAAUUCACCUAACACGGAAACAUAAUGGAGUAAGGUUGACAUGAAACAUAUUUGUAAACGAGUCAACCCGUUUAUGACACGGCUUAAAACAUGCUGUGUCAAGGGUGAGAUGUAAACUCAAUUCAUUUAUCACACAACAUAAAACGUCUUAUGUCAAUCCAACACGUUAUUAAUAAAUAUGUUAAUAUGCUGUGUUGGUACGACUUAUGUUCAACCUUUUAAAUAAAUUGGUUAAUUGAACGUGUCGUGUUGAUAUGAUCCAUAUUCAAGUCAUUUAUAAUACAUGAGUUAAAUGGAUUGUGCAGUUAUGAUCCAUUAUCGACCCAUCAGUUUGAACGGAUUCUUACAGUGAUAUAUAAUCUGUUUAAAUACCAUGCCGUAUUCGUGUUGACACGAUUAUUAAAUUAGUUGUAUUCGUAUUGGCUCUAAUCAUGUUGAUGUCAUCAGCAUGGGUCGACACGAACACGGUUUACCAACCCGUUUUGACACUUUAUUUGCAGCUGGUCAUGAAGAAUUAAACAAUCAAGUGAUGUAAAUGAGACUAAUUAGGCCAUUGGUGGAAAACCUUUAGCUUCAAUGUUAUAUUAGAUCAAGAAAAUACAAAAGAUCCAUGAGAAUGGAUCAUUAUUUGUUGAAGGGAACACAAAGGGUAGCCUAGGAUGCUGCUGCAUUAAUAUGAAGAGAGAUGAUAAAGCUUGUCUUAAUAAGGAUAGCAACAAACAGACCCACUGAUAAGGCAGGACUAGCCCUAUUGUUAAAGGAAGGUGUCCUUCAGGAGAACCCCACUGCACCACGUGUGACCUGAAGAGAUAUAAAACAUUGGUAGGGAGAUAUGUAGACAUAUUGCAUCAAUCUGCCAAGUUUAGGAGUUGUUUUCAUUUGAGAGUGAGUAAUUGGGUGAUCUUUGAUUGAAUAUGACAUUUGAAUAGAAGUAUGGCGGUCUAGAUCAAUCAAAGUUGUGUUUUUUUUGUUAA